CUGGCCACGCUGGUCAACUUCGCCCAGCGGCACCAGUUACCCGUGGACAUCAACGCCCGCACCAGCGGUGGGCACACCGCGCUGCAUCACGGCCACGCGGAGGUGGUCAAGCUGCUCGUGGGAGCCUACGACGCCGAUGUGGACAUCCGAGACUACAGCGGGCGCAAAGCCGCGCAGUACCUGCACCGGGGAACCUCCGGGGACAUGCGGAGCCUCGUGGGGGCCCUGGACGAGGAGGAGGAGGAGGAGGAAGGGAAUUCGGGCAAUGGGAGCGGGCGCUGGAGGGUCUCAAAGGGGGACGGGGAGGGCACCGACGGGGCAGCGGUGCAGGGCAAGGGCAAGGAGAUGACCAGGAAAGCCUCCGGCAGUGGACGGAUGAAGCCUCGGCUUAAUAAGAUCCGCUUCAGGACUCAGAUCAUCCACAACACACCCUCUUUCCGUGGGGACACCGAGGAGGAAGAACACGAGGAGAAAUCCCUGAAAGCAUCCUUCAAGCUCAGGCCCAAGUCCAACGUGUUUGGAUAA